AUGGUCGUCACAUCUCAUCGUAUACUCUUCUUUUAUUUAUUAAGUUUGCUAGUGGCAUUCUUCACGGUACGAUUCACAUAUGCGCAAGGUGCAGGUGGUGGAGGAGGAGGUGGAGGUGGAGGUGGAGGUGGAGGUGGUGGUGGUGGUGGAGGCGGUUUUAGUGGUGGGAGUAGUUUUGGAAGUGGCGGUAGUAACUGGCACUAUGGCUCUAGUAAUUCUGGCACAACAAGCUGUAAUACCGAAGCAUGCCGACGUAAUGCAAUUAUUAUCGGUAGUGUUAUAGGUGGCAUUUUUGGGCUCGUAUUUCUCUGUAUCUGCUGUUUGAUCUGUAUCAAGAUAUGUAAACCUGGUUUUUAUUCUUCCAUUUGCCCCUGUGAAUACUCGAAAAAAGCACCAUAUCAGUUGAAGAAAACUUCUAUUAGGUCGAAUACACUUCCAUUUGCGAUAAAACUCUCAACUGUAGAUACAACAUUUCCUUCUACAUCUCGUAUAACACUUCCUUCCAUUUCACACACUAAACUACCUCCAAUUUUAUAUUCUAAAACAUCAACAGGAAAAGUCUUUCAAUCAGGUUCUUAUGAUAUGCGUUAUUAUCAAUAUGGGAAAUGGCACGGGCCUUUUCUUGUUCAACUUGAAUUCAUUAAUAGAAACGUUCAAGGUAGUGGUAAUGACGAUGUUGGCUCAUUUGAUGUUACGGGACAUUACUCAAGAAGUGAUUAUCAUAUGAAUUUGACAAAACAGUAUAAACUUGGAACUGGAAAUCCACGCGAAAAUCUCGGACAUCAAGUCAAAAUUGAUUUGAAAUGGAAUGAGCAUGCAAAACAUUUCGAUGGCCAAUGGAUUGUCAAAACAGCAAAUUAUUCUGGUCAAGAUAAAUUCGAAUUGAAAUUAAGACCAUAUGUAUAA